GCAUGGGGGGAGAUUUGACCCUAUGUUGAUUUUGCCGAUAAUCCGCAUUCACCAUUCAAACCUCAACUUUGAUGUCAUUCGACGCAUUCGAAGCUCGCCUCCAGUUCCUCCAGCUGCUACGCAAGCUCAAUGCAUCCAGCCAGUCGAUUCAAAAGGUAGUCAGCUUCGCCGUGAAGAAUGGAGCGAGGUGUGGGGACGACUUGUGGGAGUGCAUCCUGGACGAAAGUGCAAAGGGCUCUCUCAAUACGCGCAUAAACAUCCUCUACUUUUUGGACUCGCUCUUGGAUACCUCGCUUGCUUUAGGACCCCCUGAUGCACCUUAUGCGUCGCUCAUCGCUCGAAACCUUGGGAAAAUCGUCUCUCGUGUCGUCCCGGAAACUCGCGAGGGAGUGCUUAAUGCCAAAGCGGCGAGACAGAUCCUGGAGAGUUGGAGGACGAGACGGCUGCUAGAGUCCGGAACGAUAGAUGAAGCGGUGCAGAUGCUGGAGACGCGGAAACCGACGACGACUGAAAUCACCAAGCGGUCUCGAGACGAUGCGUUUUCGCGGUCGGACAUCCUCAGACGAAUGGAGGAAGACAGGGAGAGACACAAGCGACUCCGUGAACGUAUAUGGAUUCUCCCUAUUCCUCCUCUUGCCAAACCGCCCAGCGCUUCGCCGUCUGCAUCAUCCCCCUUUACCCCCGCCUCCCCAUCCACGUCCCAACCCGCUGACCUCGUCAAAGCCGUCGUAGAGCAAAAGAUGCUGCCCCCGCCGAAACCAGAUCGUAGAGUCGAGUCCGCUCUCGAAGUGGAGUUUGAGCAGACGUGGGAUGGCGUCAGUGAUCUAGACGAAGGGGAUUUUGACGCGAUGAGAGGCGACGCCGCCAUACUGGCUGUAGAAUCCUAGUUGUAUUCUCCAUGCAUUGCCAUGCACUACUGGAGCAGCUCUUUGAUCCGGUCUAUGCCUUUUCUCCUCGCCUCGGUCACCUCUUGGGUGAAAGCCUCGAGGUCACCCCCCAGAUCGAGUUUGGGCCAAGCAAUCUCCUUGAGCGAGUCGAGCUCGGGCAGCCUUGCCUUCACUUUGGUCUCAAAUUCUUUCUCAAACGCCUGGAUGUCCUUGACCAGGGCAGAUACCUUUGGCUUCUUCGCCCUCUCAAGUCUCUUCCGUAUGCGCCG